AUGUCCGAACUAUCGUCCUCAUUGCCAGCCGCUUUCAACAAUGCCACGUCUUCAGUGACAGCAACAACCACUCCAAUCGACAUGACAGCUCAUCGUAAUAGUUAUCCACGUACACACGCAACUACUCAAUAUCAUGCACAGCUUUAUUCGGGGCAACAACAAUUACAACGACGGCAACUACAACAAAUGCAAAACAACAAAGACAAUGAAGGCAAUAAGCAGAGACCACCUGGUGCAAUGUCAUUUGUGCCACCGAAUCUCUAUCGCACUUCAUUACGUCUGGUGACAGAGCUCGAGAUGGAUGCAUGGUGGUCUGCACUUGUCAGCAUCUUGACUGAGUCCUCGUUUCAUGCGAUUCAUGUGAGUCUUUCAGUUCCACAAGAUUCAAACGAUCCAUGGACAGGGGCUUGGGGUCUCAAGGCUUCUUGGUCCAAAACACGAUGCACCAAAGAGACGAUGCAGGAUAAACAACAACAACAACAGCAACAGCAACAGCCCAGUGAACGAGAUUACUUUGCACAUAAUCACCACGCUUCUACACAAGAUCGUCUCAAAUGCUUUGAUCGUAUCCAUGCAUUGGAAUCAGAUGCUGAACCACUUAUCAACAACGCUAGUGCACAUCGUAUCAUUCGACGUAAUGCAAUCAUUGUUCUCUCACGCGAGUAUCGACCACAUUCUCGAAAAGACAGCACUACGAGCAUGGUUGGGCGGCAUUUACAUUUGCAUCAUCACUUCGACGAUCGCGACAUGUUCAAACGUGCACUUUUGGAUCAAACAGAAAAGAAACGACUUAGUGCUCAAUGCUCUUUGCAUGAUCAGCCUAACGAUGAGCCAUCAGCACUUUUCCACGGCAGCAGUGUACCAGCUGACAUGAACAUUGCAUCAACAACAAGCGAGUCACCUGUUGUGGGGGCCAUCAAGGAACCAAUUUAUGAUUAUGACGAGUAUGAGCAACAGCAACCAUCGCCAUGGUCACAAUCACCAGCACCUUCACCAGCCAUGAUGGAUCCCGAUGUGAAUCCCUUUUUUCAAUCAGUACCCGGCAUUGACGAUGAAGCAUUUAAUCCCGAAUCACCCGAAUCAUCGUACGAGAGUACAAGUAUACCCUUUCCACCACCAGCUUCUAAUGUUCAUUCAGUCGUUCACAUACCACUCGUUCAUCCAACACCCGAUUCUUGCGACAGCUACACUUCAACAACUACAACAGAUCCGCAUCCGUCACGUAGCAACAUUCAACCAGCACCGUUUGCAAUCGUAUCUUUUCUCACACCGGUUGUUCCUUAUCCAUCAGCAUUGGUAACAAGUCUCUCGGCUCUUGCUCCAUUUAUCAGUAGCAGCUGCUCAAAUGCAUUUGAACACGCACGACGUUGCUCAUCACCACGACGACCUCAUCUAUCAUCUACCAGCUCAGUGCGUCGCCAUUCAUCUUUCAAGAAUCGUAAAAAAUCACCAAUAUCAGCAACCAAUACAGCCGAGGAUCAGCAACAAGAUAUUGUAUCGCAUCAGCAACCAUCUACUUGUUCUCCAGAUGUCAUUGUACAGCAACCUACUUGUCAACAACCUGCAUUCCUUAGCAGCAUCUCGAGUUUUAUGCGCAAUUCACUUGAGACAGUCACUGAGGCAGGUUCAUCACCAUCACCAUCAGCAACAGAGGAGGAACAAUAUGAAGAAACAGUGCCUCCUUGGUUAAAGGCCAACAAUGAUGGAAGUGCACUUCAAUCACCUGCAUGUUCAGAUCGUGCCUUGUCACCAUCGUCAAUGGCUAUUUUGGAAGGAUGGGCAAAGACAACAUCAUCAUCUCCACCACAAUCAUUUUCAGCAGCAUCUUUGCAAAUCCCGGAUCAGAAGCGUGUGGAUACUCGAGCACCAUCAACAACAACACGAAGAACAAGAGUGGUACGAAGAUGGCGACCGAGAAUGAGAUGGCGGCUACAAGCAUUUCGUGCUCUUCAUCCAUGUGUAUCCAUGAGCUCAAGUCAUGACGACAACAACGGCACUUGCUCACGAUCAAGGAAGGAAAGCAGAAUCGAGAGGCUAUUUGUGGCUCCUAAAUCCAGUCUUUUGCGUCUUGUGAUUGAUGGUAUCCCUAUUCAUGUCUUUACAUGUUCAACAACAACGGGUCAGGUCACAUGGGUCAACAAUCGCAUAUUGCAAUACACGGGCCGGCCACUUCAAGAACAUUUGGGACCUGGUUGGUUAUCACAUAUGCAUCCUGAUGAUCAAAUGGCGUGUCGCAAGGCUUGGGAAAUGGCAUUUGAGCAAGGCAAUGGAUUUGCUGGCGAGUAUCGACUACGACGAUUCGAUGGCAAUUAUCGCUUCUUUUUAUGGCGUAUUGUCCCACUUCGAGAUCUUAAAGGAAGGAUUAUUCAUUGGUUUGGAACAUGCACCGAUGUCCAUGAUCAGCAUAGUACUAUGCGGCAAAUGGAAAUCGAGAGCAAUGAGCGCAAAUACAGGUUACUUGCUGAAGCCAUCCCACAGAUCGUCUUUACCUUUUCGCCUGGUGUUGGUGUGACCUAUGCCAAUGAGAAAUGGGAAUGCUAUUCAGGCUUUGACUUUGAUCGUACCAAAGGCUUUGGGUUCAUGUCGCAGGUGCAUGCCGACGACCGUCAGAGACUACAACUACCAGACCUUGCACCACACAAGACCGCUGGCAUUAUUUGGCAAAGUGAGAUUCGAUUGCUAAGCAAGGAAGGGGAAUAUCGUUGGUUCUUGGUCAAGUGCAUUUCGGUAGAUGAGCUUGACACAGGCAAUGUUCGCUGGUUUGGUACAUGCACGGAUAUCAAUGAUCACAAGCUCUUGGAACACAAGCUCAAAGAAGCGCAUGAUGCGGCUCAAAAAUCCAUGGAAAGCAAGACACGAUUCUUAUCCAACAUGUCACAUGAAAUACGUACCCCAUUGAUCGGUAUCACGGGUAUGCUCAAUUUCUUGUUGGAUACGGAUUUGACACCAGAGCAAUUGGAUUAUGCACAUACCAUUCAACAAUCAGCCGAAUCACUAUUGGUGGUCAUCAAUGAUAUUUUGGAUCUUAGCAAGGUGGAAGCGGGCAUGAUGAAACUUGAAUGGGAGCCUUUCCGACUUGUGAGCAUGAUUGAGGAUGCCAACGAAUUACUAUCGACCUUGGCGAUUCAAAAAGGACUUGAGCUCAGCUUUUGGGUGGAUGAAAGUGUACCUGAAGUGGUGGUUGGUGACCGAGUGCGACUACGGCAGGUGCUAUUGAACUUGAUCGGCAAUGCAAUCAAAUUCACCACUGAGGGCGAAGUCUUUACGCAAUGCACCGUUGAGCAUUUGGAUACCCAGAAGAAUGAAAUGAAGUUAUUGUUUGAAGUUGUGGAUACUGGUUCAGGGUUUGACUCGGAUGGUGAAGCCGUCAUGUUUAAGCCAUUCUCUCAAAUCGAUAGUUCGAGUACACGUAAACAUGGUGGUAGUGGACUUGGACUUGUGAUAUCCAGGCAAUUGAUUGAACUUCAUGGUGGUGAGAUGCGAUGCAAGAGCAAAAAGGGCGAAGGAUCCACCUUUUACUUUACGGUCAAAUUCUCGAUUCCUCCACCACAAACACGCCCACGCCCUCAAACGCCACAGAAUGAAACCACCAGCGACCCAUUCUUUAGAACGAGCGUAUGUACAUCAGUCGCUGCUAGUCAAAAUGCUUCACCUUUACACCAACAGCCGACACCUGCCAAGAGCAUCAGCAGUGAUAGUAGCAGCAACGGCUCUUUAUUCAUCCCAUCUCCUUUGGCACAUUCCAAGAAGCACUCACAAGCGAAUGAUUUACCCACGUCGAUGGAAUUGUUACAGGACGCACUAUUGAACAAGGCAGCGACGAUGCGAUUAAUGCCUCCCCCAACACGUGGUGCCAAGCAACAGCAACAACAACAACAGCAGCAGCAGCAGCAGUCAUCAACAAUGACACCACCUAGAAACAAAGAACGCACCCCUCAGAUAUCAUUAUCCAAAGCAUCACCACCUACAAUGUCGUCUGUUCCUCCUCUUGGUUUACUCUCUCCCAACAGCGGCAUUAUUCUUCCACCAAGGACACCUACACGUGGAUCGCCAUUGCGUAUUCUGGUAGUUUCGGAAUGGCCACAUGCACGCGAUACCAUUGUCAAACAUCUACGUGCUAUCCUAGGUGGCAUUUCAAAUCAACAUCACGAUUAUCAGCUACACAUUGCAACAAAUCACAUCGAAGCAACACAAAUGAUUGCUUAUCCACAAUCCAUGUCAUAUGACUAUGUUGCUCUCAACUUGGCUUCUGAUCAGCACGUACUUGGUGUUACCCGAUUGAUUUGUGGUUCUAUGCAACACAAGGAUGCGAAUACACUUGUUAUUACUACUCCUAUGCAACGAUCUCUUAUUAUGGAAAGUGCAAAGGAUCAUGAACAAGAGAUGAUUCCUGUCAAUUGUAGCUUUGUUUUCAAACCUAUCAAACGAAGCAAGCUGAAUUGGUACUUUGGUGUUCGACAGCAUGACCUUGCUUCAUCCCGUGACCAGCAAAGCAACGAUCCCGCAUCACAACAACCACAAUCAUUUACAGCGGCAGCAGCAGCAGUGAUGGCUCCAGAUUCGUCACAAAAGCGCGUGGCAACGCAAAAGGAACUUUUCAGACGCAUGGAACAGGAUGUUGGUGGUAAAGGAUACCGGGUAAUGUUGGUUGAAGAUAAUCUCGUGAACCAAAAGGUAUUGACAAGAUACUUGGUGCGUGUGGGACUCGAUGUGGAGGUAGCUUCCGAUGGUCAAGAGUGCGUGGACAUGUUUCUUAGACAUCCCCAUGGCUACUAUUCCAUCAUCUUAUGUGAUCUGUUCAUGCCCGUCAAAGAUGGUUACGAAGCAACCCGUGAUAUACGUCGGUGGGAGCAUGAGAAUUCUCAAGAAAGCAUACCGAUUGUAGCACUUUCAGCCAAUGUCAUGAGCGAUGUAGCACAAAAGUGCAUGGAUUGUGGUUUCUCGACCUAUAUAUCAAAGCCAGUCAACUUUGCCACGCUUAGCGACGUUAUUCGAAAACACUUGCUCAAGCAAUGA